AUGGCCAGGAAGCUGCAAUCGAAACCAGUGUCCGAGUUGAGCGCGGACGAAGUCGAGUUGCUAUAUCGUGCUGGUCACGCAAAUCGAGGACCUUUGGGCAGUGGCAACAGGCGGACGCUCUAUAGUCAGCACAAGAUACUCCGCGCGCUAGGUCUGCUCGAUCGAGCGCUGGAAGUGCAUCCACAAUUGCGCUCCCACACUCGCGUCGAUGGUCAGCGCAUCGACACUUCGACACCAGUCGAACGGGGUCAUGGCCCAUACAAAUCGCGCUCAGCAAACCUGUCGCACGAUCUCGAGCCGCUUCGAGGUCGGCCGCGCUUACCGACCGGCCGAGGGUCAUGGAAAACCCUCCAAAGGCAACGUCAACGACUCGCUACGAUUCGCGAUCAAGCGCCCGCAUUUUCAGAGUCUCGCGAUGGUGCGUCCACGCCGCGAGCAGCGCUUCAAAGCCAUGCAUCUUCGUCCCACGCCCCGCUCCGCGCGGCAUCUCCUCAAGCCGUCCCGCACGCGCCAAAAAAUACACACUCCACGCAAUCAUCCAUCAGCGCAAGCGCACCUCGUACGCACGACUUGUCCAGACCUGCUUGGCAUGUCAACACAAUUCGCAAAGCCCGGACUCCCCGCUACGAAGUCCCCGACGCAGCCUCUUCCAAAGGUUCGCUCCUCGGCCAAGCAGGACCUGCGUUAAACUCCCGCCUGGCGAAGCGAGGUCAGCAAAUGAGCGAGGAAGCCUUGAACGAGGCAAAGGCAGUCUAUGAGCUGGUACAGCAGGCUUCGCGGCGUCACCGCCCGGACAAUCCCGGGCGCACUGCUAAAGCGUUCGGUGAGGGAGGGGAGCGCACUCUACUUCGACAAAUGAGAAUCGUAAAGCAGGCUCAAGAGUCCGGUCUUGCCGAUGAGCUCAAACAGUUUCACCGCAGUCACGCAAAUUUCCUUGAUUCCGGGCCAUCUUGGAAAGCAAAGCGCAGAACUACUCUGGCCAGGUGGAAGGUCCGCAGCAUCCUGCGCGAAGCGGGGUCCCUCCAACAGCAUGUCUGGCAAGUCGUCCCUGGUUCGCGAUCAGCCUCGAGAUACAAAGCCGAACGGCCAAGUCCUGCCAAGUUAUCAUCCGCUCAAAACUCAUGGUACAACUGGCGAGACAGAAAGGCGGCGGAGGUGAAAGAGCAUGGACUCGCAGCCAUUGCGCCCCAGCUCCAAGACUUGCACUGGGACAAUGAGCCCACCUCGGACGCCGAAAGGUCCCUCUUUCAGCGAGCGCAUGCCCUCGCCACGGCGGCUCGCUUCGUUGGCAAGCCUGUGGAACGGGCGGAUGCGAGCGCGUCACCUGCCAUGAGCUCCGUCACGGGGCCAGCAGCGCUGGCCACAAAUCGUGCCAGACGUCAAGUGCGGAAGAGGCCAUGGGUCGAUGACGACACCGACGGCGCGUCGUCUGACGCCAGCGAUUACCUGCCAUCCGCCCUGCGCGACGUGAAUCGGGCAACCAAGCCUGCUCACGCUUUUCAGCCACUGCCAUCGCACUGGCAAGCGAAAAAGAUUCGCUCAAGGCGCAAGGCCAACCGCACGGCUCUCGCUGCAAGCACGCUUGACCAUGCAGCACCCUCUUCCGCGAGACCUCGCGCAGGUCGACUCCAGCCUUUGAGCCCGGGCUUUGGCACCGCAAAGAUCGAAGCGAGCUCGCCGGCGCAGUCAAAUGCGCCGAAUGCUCAGUCGCAAAACAAGGCGAAAAGACCUCGCUCUCAAGUCACCUACGUAGAUCCCAACGAAUCUCAAGCUGUUCGGCUGCAGAAACGUGCACCACCAGAACCCGAAGCAAUCGAAAAGGCGGCUGCCGCGUACGAUGCAUGGCGCUCCCGGACCGUAAAGCACGGUCCGAAGCCCAUAGCGCUAGGCCAAGGCUGUCAAAAGACGAUCGCUCGCCAGCGCAAACGGCUCGCAGGUCUAGACGCGGCUUGUGACGUUGCCGAGGUGUUGCCGGACGGCAGGUCGCGCUUGUCCGAAUCCCAAAUGACUGACGAACGACUGCAAAGGCAUCGGCUGCUGCGUGCAGCGGCCGAUCGGCGGUACAGGGAUCGCAAGGCUUUGCGGCUGGCAAACUUUAAUGAAGAUGAGGUCUGGGAAAAAGUUCCGGGAAAUCGCAGUAUGGGUAGGCUUGGUGCACAUAUGAAAGACGCAUCUUCCCCUUACGCAGCCUCUACGUUGAAAGUUUACGGCAGCACGGUAAGAAAAGCGCAACGGAUUCGAGAGCAAGGGCUUGCGGAAGGCGAUCUGCUGAGUGUCGGUGCUCAGGCUGAAAAGGCUGCCAAGACUGGUGCAUCCUCUCUGGCGUACAGCUCCGCGGUGGAUGUCUUGCCUAGUGCGCCUCAAAGUUCGAUAGCGGCCGCUCACGCUGGCGCUUCCAGCGAGACUCGAACCUCUGCUGCGAUACCGCAGCCAGCACCGCUACAAGUCGAGAGUGGCGAAAGCGCCUUGCGCGAGUCUAGCUCGUCGCGUGACGCGAGUGCGCUGGCGCCGACCUCCUCGAAAUUCAACGCCGGUCGAAAGAAGAAUCCGCUGGGCGUUGGCUCCCAGUCCACCCUCUGGCGACAGCGUCAGGCCAAUGGGGGCGCUUUGCCCACGGACCAGGAAAAGCCUCGAGGCAAACGCGGCAGACCAAAGCUGCCCACGGGAGUUGGUAGGCCGAUCACCCUGUGGCGGCAGCGUCAAAGGGCGCGGGUAGAGAAUGGCGAAGCCGAGUCGAUCGACAAGCUACCGAGCAGAAGGCAAAACUCGGGAAAGGCGCCUCUCCCUUGGGGAAAGGGAAAUCAUAGCACACUGACCCGGCAGCGAACAGCGUUGAGAAUAGGCGGAUUCAACAACGACGCCAUCCAUGUUCUGGUCCCUUGGAAGUAUCCAGAGAGGCAAAAGGAGGUGGACAAUUUCGUGCCAGCAUUUAGAGGCAAGUCGAGUACGGGAGCCUACAGACACGAACUGCUGCUCAGAGAGGGUUCCAGACUUCGCGAAAAGGGCCUCUACGAAGGAUCGGAACGUUUAAAGGCGCUCGUCGGCCAGGCCAAGAAAUGGAGAGCCAAUCGAGUCGUCGAUCAGCCUUUGAGUGACGCCAAUGCACCUCGGCCGCGGCAGGAUGCACCGACCACAUCGGUGGAGCAGUCCACUCUACCUGACGCCGCGCCAAGCCCGAGAGAGCCGCAAGAUCAAAGACCGUCAAGAACGCCGCGGAAGGCGAGACCUGCCUGGCAGUACGAGACCACCUUUCCGAAGCCCUGGGCUGCGCCCUCUUCUGCCAGAUCAUCAGCAGUUGACACUGCCUCGUCAGACGUCGCCCAGAAACCUGCGAUAACAACCCUCCAGAAGAGAUCUGGUGAAGAAGAGCUGCUGAAAGCCAAAGAGGAAGCACAGGCGCUUCUCAAGGGCAAAUUUGCCAAAGUGCCCAUCGGAACAGGACCACCCAGAGUGCAGUACGGGCACCGCGAGAUGUUGAAAAACGCUCAACGAUUUGACUUGGUCGAAAAGAUUUGGCCAGGCAUGAAACGUCGAGGCCCCGCCAGAAAAGCGCUCGGAGAGGGUUCGCUUCGGACAUUGUGGCGACAAAAGCAGCGUUUGACUCGCGAGGGACAGCCGGCGGAUGAAGUCGACUCUCUACUGCCCAAGCCGAGCAAAAACUACCACAAUGGACCGCUGGGAUUUGGACAAGGGAGCGCCAGAACCUUGUCGCGUCAACGUAGACUAUUGCGAUGGGGCAAGGUGCCCAGCGAUAAAGUCUGGGAAAUCGUACCUGCCAAGAGGCCGCGCGAGCCUAGCGCAGCGCCAGAAGCUUUUUCGGGCAGGGACGCAUCGUUGCGCAAAGAAGCCGAAUCCAUUCGCGACCACGGUUUGGUCCAUGGCACCUCGCGUCUGCUGUUAUCCAUCCUAGGCAAGCCCAAAUUGAGCAGCGCUGCCUCUUCAUCCCCUAUUCAAAGACCGCCUGAGAAGAGCCUCGGGCUUGGCGACAGCGACGUUCGCGAACAAUCGCCGACAUCUCUUGCAAGCGAUCGGGAGUAG